UCUCAAUUUGAUGUGACAAAUCGUUAUCCCCACUAGACGAAUGAACCAUUGAGAAAAUGAGGCUGCCUGAACUCUUCGUCGCCAAUCACUUCGAGUAUUAACAUCAACUAUCGUCCGAGCGCGUGUAAUUGUGCCUACAUCCUUGGGCCAGCUAAAUACAUAUCUCCGACAUAAAAUCAAUGAACCGACAAUGAUUCAGCUUUUAAAAACGAUCCUUUUGGUGCAUUUGGUGGCUUUAUCAUGUGUAAAUGCCAGCAGGAUUCUUGGAGUGUUUCCUAUAGCCACAGGGAGCCACUUUGUUCUCACUUCCAAACUGAUGAAAGGCUUAGCUGAAGCUGGACAUGAUGUGACAGUGGUAAGUCCAUAUCGGCUCAAAGAUCUGCCGAAGAAUGGCAAAUAUCGCGAUGUUAUGCUGGAGGGUUUUGCAACUGAUUUCGAAAAAAACACACAAAACUUGUUAGCUCAGCCGGAUAUCAGUCCCUACUCGAUGAUGAAACAGACCGUGGAUAUUAUGCUGGAUCUGGCAAAUCGCACCCUUCACAAUCCGGCUGUGAGGCGAAUCUCCGACUCGAACGAAACCUUUGACCUGGUGAUUGUGGAGUAUUUCCGGGACGACAGCCUUAAGAUAUUUGCGCAUAGAUUUAACUGCCCGCUGGUGGUUUUAUGCAGCAUGGGCCCAACUCCCAUGAUCAAUCCCACAGUGGGCAACCCUCAACCAGCGUCCUACGUGGCGCAUACCAUCCUGGCCAAAGGAUUCUCAACUUCGUUCACUCAUAGGGCGAAGAACUUGAUGUACUAUUUAAUCGAUUAUUUCAUUUCUACAUUGCACGCGUUGCCGAAAAACGACGAAAUCAUGCGAUCGGUUUAUCCAGAUGCCCCGUCGAUCUACGAUUUGUAUAGCAAUGUCUCCCUGGUGUUGCUAAAUUCGCAUAGUAGCGUUAAUCUGCCAGUGCCGCUUGUUCCCAAUAUGGUUGAAGUAGGCGGAUAUUUCAUUGACCCACCCAAAAAACUUCCCAAAGAUCUAGAAGACUAUAUGAACAGUGCAUCGGAUGGGGUCAUUUAUUUCAGCAUGGGGUCGAUAAUAAAAGCAAAAGAACUUCCGGAAGAGCGGAAGCAAGCGUUCCUGAAUGUGUUCCGCACAUUGAAGCAGAAGGUUAUUUGGAAGUUUGAGGACGAGUCGCUUGAGGUUCCCCCAAAUGUUCUGGUAAAAAAGUGGUGUCCUCAGCAGGAUAUUUUAGCGCAUCCCAAUGUAAAGCUCUUCAUAACUCACGCGGGAUUGUUGAGCACAACCGAGGCGGUUCACAAUGGGGUUCCGCUUCUGGCGAUUCCAGUUUUUGUGGAUCAGCCAAUCAACGCAGCUACAGCAGUGAGAAAUGGCUACGCCUUGCAGCUGGACUACAGCGAUCCCGAUUUUUCCGAGAGAAAAAUCGCCCAACUAAUCCACGAAUUGCUAAACAACGCGACGUACGCCCAAAACGCCAAGGCAAGAUCCCGAUUAUACCAUGACCGACCAAUGAAACCCAUGGAAGCAGUGAACUACUGGAUCAAUUACGUAAUUAAGCAUCGGGGCGCGCCCCAUUUAAGGGUGGCGGGUGUAAACCUGCCAUGGUACCAAUAUUUUAUGGUUGACGUCAUUGGGCUGUUUGUGCUAAGUGUGUCAUUUGCACUGUAUAUUGUACAGUUUAUAAUCAGGAAAGCCGUUUCAUGCAUAAGGAACACCAGGGUUUGUUCAAAAGUAUCGGCGAAAAAAGCAAAUUAAGGCCAAGUUAUUAAAAAAAUUAGUCUCGAAUUGUGAUAGAUGUAAGUAGGAGUAGGUAACUUGAAACGGACGUACGAUUGAUUUCAGAAUUGACUAUUUAUUAGCAGAUUUAUAUUUUACACCAGAUUGAACCAAUUGACCAGAAUAGACCAAUUUUCUAGCAAAA